AUGCUCAGAUCGAAACAUGUGGCUGGUCCUGCUCGGGCGGCAUGCCACUCCCGCACAUAUUUAAGCGGCACCUGCCGAAUUCGCUUGCCGGUUUUGGUGAGAAACGCCACCAGCGCCACCAAUGUCGACCAAAGCGGAGUUUUCGCUUCAGAGGUGGCCGUGUUGGCCCAGAAAGCUCACGUUGUGGUUCCAGCGCCGCAAAAAUUGGCCUCGAUUUACGGAAACAGCUUUGGCUCGCACAUAGACUCGCCCAUUAUGGAAAUGAAGAAGAAACCGGACAACGACAAGUCCGACGCCGAGAAAGGCGAGUCCGGCGACAAGGAGAAGGGAGAGAAGAAAGACGAGAAGGACGAGAAGGACAAGCAGCCGCCUAGCCCGGAAGCGCCCGAGAAAACGCCAGAAAACGUGCCUGGAACAUCUAUAGAAGGCGCCGGAUCCGGCGCUGUUGCGGGCUCAGUGUCCACGGGGAACGGCGGCGGCGGUGGCAACAACAACAACAACAACAACAACAAUAACAACAACAACAACAAUAACAACAAUAACAACAACAACGACAAAGACGCCGAUCACGUGCCCCUGUUUGUUGCCGACUCUGUUUCCGGGUCGUACCCGCCACUUCUAGCUAUUGCCAUGAAGGACAAGAUCCCGCUCCCAGGAAGGCCCUUUUCCAUCAACAUUUCCGACCCCGCAGUCAAAAAACUGAUCAUCGAAAUCUGCGACAGAAGAGAGCCCCAUUUUGUCUUGUUCCACAUGAAAGACCCGGAAGAACCCGACACCGACAUCAUCAACAAAAGAGAAUCUGUGUACGACAUCGGUGUCCACUGCUAUGUGCAGCGGUACUACGAAGAUGGUCCCUACUUGCGGAUAUUGGGCUACCCGAUGGAAAGAUGCAAGUUAGAGAAGUUGUCUAUUCCAAACGAACAGCAGCCAGCAGAAGAAGACGAGGAGCAUUUUCCUACAGACUACUUGAAGACUUUGGGCGUGUCGUAUGCGAAAGUCACUCAUUGCCAAGACGAACCGUAUGACUUGAGCAGCGCAGAAUUCAAGGCUCUUAUUGAAGACGUCAAGGCGCUCUUGGCGAAGAUGGCCCGUGUCAUUCCCAACAAGAAAGAUACCGUUAGAGACGCUAGCAACUUGUUAACGUCUCCACAUAAACUUGCGGAUUUUAUCGGCUCAACCACUAGUGCUACACCACAGAAAAUCCAAGAGUUAUUAGAAGAGUUCAACAUCGAGCUCCGAUUGCAAAAAGCUUUGGCCUUGUUCAAGAACGAACUUGAAGCAUAUACCAUCGCAGACAAAACAAUGAAGGAGUUGACCAGCAGAGCAGACGAGGCGCAAACGAAGCAAAUCGUUAAGGAAUAUAUCAAGGGUUUGCAAAGAAACGCCGGGCUAGUGGAUUCGGAAAAAUCAAAAACUCACAAAUUCGACGAGCGCUUAAAACACUUGAAGCUUACAGAAGAAGCGUUGGAAGCGUACAACACGGAAAAGGCCAAAAUGGAAAGUCAAAAUGAGCACUCCAGCGAGCUCGCAGUCAGCGAGAGAUAUCUUGAUUGGUUGACGUCCAUUCCGUGGGGAGUUUUCUCGAAGGACCGUUUCAAUAUUAAACUUGCGAAGGAGGUUUUGGACCGCGACCAUUAUGGCUUGAAAGAAGUGAAGGAAAGAAUCUUGGAGUUCAUCUCUUUGGGCAAAGUCUCAGGCAAAGUAGACGGAAAAAUCUUGUGUUUGGCCGGACCUCCAGGUACCGGUAAAACUUCCAUUGCUAAAUCUAUUGCAGAAGCCUUAGACCGCAGAUAUGUACGUAUUGCCAUGGGAGGAAUCCAAGACGUCCACGAAGUGAAGGGCCACAGAAGAACAUAUAUUGGGUCUAUUCCAGGACGUAUUAUAGCUGCAUUGAAGCUGGCUAAAACUUCCAACCCAUUGAUGUUGAUUGAUGAAAUUGACAAGUUGGAUUUGUCUAGAAGCGGAGGGGCGGCGUCUGCAUUCUUGGAGAUCUUGGACCCAGAGCAAAACAAUGCCUUUGUGGACAAUUACAUUGACGUUAAGGUCGAUCUCUCCAAGGUUUUAUUUGUGUGCACAGCCAAUUAUUUGGGUAAUAUUCCCGGCCCGCUCAGAGACAGAAUGGAGGUGAUUGAUGUCUCUGGUUACACAAACAACGAGAAGCUCGAAAUUGCUAGAAAGCAUUUAAUUCCGCAAGCAGCAAAAAAGGCUGGCUUGGACGAAAGCCAUGUGGUGAUUCCGGAAGAAACCAUAACCACAUUAAUCGAAAAGUAUUGCAGAGAAAGUGGAUUGAGAAACAUCAAGAAGUUGAUCACGAGAAUCUUCAGUAAGGCGUCUUUGAAGAUUGUUGAAGAGCUCGAGGAAAAAGGAGACCAAGGAGGAAAAAGAGCUGACGGAAACUUCCAAAGAAACUUUGGUUAA